GCAAGUGGAGUCACCAUGCAACUGUGAGCCAAGCUCCCUGAUAUGUAUGAUUUAUGAUUAUCAAGACAUGUUUCACAGCAUGUAUUUGUAAUUAUUUUGUAGAUUGUUAAAUAAGAUAUAAAUAUAUUUUAUACUUUAUGGUUAUCACAGUCUACAAAAAAAAAAAAAAAAUUAAGCUCUAUAUAUAUAUAUCAAGAACGCGCACUCCCGCAACUCUUCUCACGUGUUCCGGUCUCCACCAUAUUCAAAUAAAAAUUGAGCGAAAUUUGAGUUGCGCUCGAUCUGAUCUUCAUUGUUCUUCAGGAAAGAUCUUCACGCUUCUUCAAAAGUUGUCAAGUUUAAAAGAUGUACCACAUUAUCGAGCUAUUUGAAGAUGGAAAGAAGUCGGUAGCCAUCGUGCCCGAUGAGUGGCUAAUCCCAGAGAGCAUCAAUAAAUAUUUCUGGCCUAGCUGUAAUGCAGACUCUACCUGGGUCAAAAACAGAAAAAAGCCAGGCCCGAACUGGAAUAUUUUUACCUACCAGCGAAUAAUUAAAAGCACGUCGUCAUACCAAAACAGUGUAAGGCUUCUUCAAAAAGCAGCAGAAAAAUCUGACCUAACCAGCAGCUGCCUGUCUGAUGCUUCUGACUGUGCUGCUACUGACAGGGCCACCGUCAGACAGUCUCUUCCUGCAUCAGCGUCAUCAGCAACAUCUGCUAGCGACUGGAGCUCCAUGGCAUCAAUUGUAGAAAUGCUUCCAAGUUAUUUUGAGAAGAGUUUCAAAAAGAUGGAAGAAUUCCAGAACGCUGUAGAGAUCCUGCAGCGGAAGGUGGACCAGCUGGAAGCCACGCAGAAGCAUAGCGAAGUGGUUGCCAGCCAUACAACUCCAGCUCUUCCCGGUGGCUUCAUCUUUCCACUGCAGGAAGUUGAUCAACUCGAGCAGUUAAAUGAUACUUUGGCAGAGGAGGGUACCAGACAAAGAAUGGUUUUGCAUCUGAGCUGUUUUGGUGGCAGCACACCAAAAAAGGCACUGUACUGUCUGCUGAAAUAUCUGCUUGCUCCAAAACUAUCUAUUUUAUACAGCUUGGAAGGGAGGAAGGGGAAACGGCGGUUUAACAGUUUGCAGUAUUUAAAAGCCGCAAUUUAUGAGCCCAUAGUGAAACGAUACAACAAUGUUACAAAGGCCACUUUGGACAAUUAUGCCAGGGGAUGGCUGGCCAUAUCAUGUGACCGUGAUGGAGGCCGGAAGAGGAGGGAAGAAAAAAAGCUACAAAUGGAACAGUUUUUUAUUCCUGGAAGCCAGCCUACAGGAUCAGUUGUCCCUCCAAAAUCCCCACCUAGGAAACAUCUCAACAAAGCAGACCUAUUGCCUUUUUGUUCUGAUCAGCACCAACAAUCAGAACCAUCAACAUCAUCAAAAAAGCCUGCAUGUAACGAGGUCACUUCAUCAAAGAAAAGGAAGAGGCAGGCUGCAGACAGUGAGAAAGAUGCUGAUUCUUCUGCAAGAAGUAAAUAUGCUGAGGAAACCUCUGCAGACAUGACUGUAGUAGAAGAUGUAGUUGGUCCAAAUUUGCCUACACUGAAGGAAGAACCUCUUAAUCCGGAAAACCAGCGUAAUUCUCAGAAACCUCUCUCUUCUGUUGAGCCUUUCAACGAAAUAAAACCUGUGUUCACGAGUGAAGUUGCAUUGGAAGCAGAAUCCCAUCAUACAUAUUACCAGCAGUAUAAAAUCAAGCAUGACCCAGAGAAAUUCAAAGUAGAGCUGAAUUCAGAUUGGCAUCAGGAUGACCAAGAUAGUGAAAGAGAUAACCCACUUCCUAACAUGACAACCGAGCUUGACAUAAAAUCUAUCAGAAAAGACUACACAGUGAAAACUGAGAAUGCUUCUGAUGGAUCGGAGAGUCCCACUGUGCAGAGAUUACCAGAAGCACUUUUGUCUGUAGUGCCCACUUCACCUCACGUGACUUCAAAAGGUCCCUAACAGGACUGAAGAGGGACUUGAUUCCUGGAGUUGUGCCUUCUGUGUUCCACUUUCCUGAUGAGAAAUUAGCCAUGAAGUUGAGGUCAUUCUCAAAGAAAAAACUGCGACUUGCUGAAGUUCCCACUGAUGAUGAUGCUGAA